UUUUCGUUUGAAAAGAACGCUUUUUAUGAGUAUAGUAGAGAAAUUUAAUCAUUGGCCAUAUUUUAGAAAUUUAGGAGGAAAUGGAGGAUUCAAGGUAGUUUCAGCUGAAAAACAUAUUCUCACUUUUUUAUGGUUUGCUGGCCAUCAAAGUGCUAGUUUCAGAGAUGUUGCUGACAGAUUCGAUUUCUCUCUUAUUGUUAGUACUCUUGAAUCUGUCUUACGGAGGGUUACACAGUUUUUGUAUGAUAUGAGGAAUGAAGUUAUUCGGUAUCCUACUGAAGUAGAGAGACAAAGAACGCAAAGAUACUAUCUUGAAAGUAAAGGUUUUCCAGGAGUAAUUGGAUGUAUUGACGGCUCACAUAUCCGUAUUGACAAACCUUCUGAAGACCCAGUGGCUUAUAUCAAUAAAAAGCAUUAUUUUUCUGUACACAUGCAAGGGACCGUUAAUGAACAGAAAAAGUUUUUAGAUGUAUUAAUUGGCUAUCCUGGUUCAGUGCACGAUGCAAGAGUAUUUGCAAAUUCCAGUUUGGCUGAAGAUUUGCCAAUAUUUUGUGGAAAUGGAAGCAUACUUCUUGGAGAUGCUGCAUAUCCAUGCCUUCUCCAAUUAAUUACUCCAUAUCGGGAUAAUGGACAUUUGACACAGGCCCAAAGAAAUUUUAAUCGUAUACACAGUCAAUGCAGAAUUUCAGUUGAGCAUGGAUUUGGAAUACUGAAACAACGUUUCAGACAGUUAUAUUUCCUCAAGUUGAGGAAUAUGCAAUUUAUCGUCAAAUUCAUCUUCGCUUGCUGCGUUCUUCACAAUUUGGCUGACUUGGAUGAUUUG